CGAAGUCUUGAGUAGUCCUGCAGUACAGUAGAUUACUGAUGUGAUAUGCUCGAUGAGUGCGUGCGUGCGUGCGUAGUUUGCGAGUGUUUUUGAUCUGUUUAGCCUAUAUGCCUGAUAAUGAUAUUCAAUAGGUUUUAGUUCGCGUUUUUCCCACUUCUGACCUGAGAAGUCGUGUUUGACAGUAGAGAUGCGAGAGUGAUCCAAUGAGAAUUGAGAUGGGGGAUGCAGGACAAAGCGGUUUUCAUUGGACAUUACCUGAAGCUACAAAUCGGCAAGUCACACAGAUUGGGGCCUCGGCGUGUGGUGCAACAGCAGUUAUAAACACACUGAAAGUGCUUAAGAUCGACAAAGACCAAGAGGAGGUUGCAACAGCCGUCAACACCAGGCUGCGGGCCAACAACGUCCCCCUCACAGAGUACCUUUUCUCCAGGAGUGUUGCCGGAGUGACACACACCGACAUCAUCGAGGGCCUGGAGAAGGCAUCCGGUGGAAAGAUCUUCGCCAGAUUCUUUCACCUCUACCCUAAGAGGGUAGUGGAUUUACCCAGCUGGCUGGCCGGCUGGAUUAAUCUGGGAGUUGUUCCGAUAGCAACACUCAAUCUCCAGCAUGUACCGAGUGGCGAGACCAACAUUCCAGAUGCUUGGCAUCACCAGAUGGUGUAUGGCGUGACUAGCGAAGGCGUGCACAUGUGCAACCCACUUACCGUGGAGACCAUUCCCAACUUCAUCAAUUACGUAACCAGCGACUCGGUGCUGUUGAUUCGCAGAGUAGAUGUUAUCAGUCGAUGGCAAGAAGGCAUGGAUUUGUCUGUUCUUUCCCAAAAUGAUGAUUCUGGAUGGCGGGAAAUGGACGUCGAAGGCCAAGUCAAGAAGAUGCUGAGUGAGCCAGAGCCCUAUAGCCAAUCACCAGAGAGUCGACCAGCUGGGCUGCUUGCUGAUUGGCUGUUCAAGAGUCACAUUUGUAUACCUGCCGCCUACCAGUCAGGCGUAACCUUGUGUGUGAGGAAGGAUAACACUGCUGCUUACAGGCUGUUGAUUGAAGAGCCAGAAUUGGUCGUUGCGUAGUUGAGGGGGAGGGGCAAGUUCAGAGCGGGGGGAGGGGGUGGGGCAAGCUGAGACUUUGGGAGGGGCUAGCUGAGAUUUGGGGAUGGGCAGGGAACAUUUCGGGGAGGAGAUUCAGAUAUUUACAGCCAACAAAUCAUGAAUUGCACAAUAUAAUAUCAAACUCAUCAAUCAUUGUCAUGAAUGAUUUUGUCGGCCAGCCAACAUUGAAAACAAGGUGGUUGAAUGGCAAGACCUCUGCACUAGAAAGUAUGAGGUCCUGGGUUCAAGUUCUACCUUGUAAAAUGUUCUAGUAUUUUGUAAAUUGUUUCUUACAAGAUGUCGGACAGCAGUGAGUGCCAGUUCUCUUAAAAUUCAGUCGACUUGGCAUUUAAAUUCAAAUAAUAGUAAUGUUAUAUGUGUGUGCAUCUGUGCAGGGGUUUUUUUUUUCGGGGGGGGGGGUGUUCAAAAAAUUGUGGUAUUUAAAUUAUAAAAUAUAAAUUUCAGGAUAUCACAGGAACCAGUUAGAUGAUUAAGUCAGAUGAAACACUUGUCAUAAUUCAAAGUGGCUCUGCUAUUCGACGAUGUGAUGCCUGUGCAAUUGUAUGAUCUGGUCACCUCAUGAGUAUGUGUGACGAGAUGGCUGCUUGGACAUGUUAACCAAUUGCCACCUGUACUAAGUUGUUUCACAUUGUAUUUAUUCCUUGAAGAGUCGAUAAAACCAUAGAGUGUGCCUGGUCGGUUUCAGGACGUUACAGUGCGUAAUAGGCAGGGUGGUUCGGGCAUGUCAGUGACAAAAGGGUUUAUAAUAUUUCUCUUAGAACGUUAGAAUCUACAGUUUUGAAUGCAUGCACUGAUGCUGAAUCAGAGGGUCUAGUUAUUCAAAUUUCCCAAAUUUUUCAAGCCAGCACAAUUAUGCCCCAUCAUAAAUCUUGCCAACACCGUGGUGUUCAAAUGAGGAUUGUCUUUCAUGUUUAUUUUCAUCUGGUUAUUUGUACCCACAUGCAUGGAAUUUUAUAUAUUAAUGCUUCGAUAUAAUACUGUUUGUGUAAUUCUUACACAAACUGCAGCAAAGUAUUUAAUUGGAGUAUACAGUUGAAAGUAAAGUAAAGUAAAGCAAAGCAUAUGCAGGUUUAGGAGUUGAAUACAGUCGACUUUCAUAAGUAUAAACUAUGUUGAUACAUGUACACAUUCUGGUUAUAGUGAACAUACAGCCUUGGCCAAACUGUGCAUUUAUGUGCAGAAUGAAUGGGACUGAUGGUCCUCGUUCAUACAAAUUUCGGACAUCAACAUUUUUGUCAGGUCUGGUUGAGUUUAUAUUAACUGGAGUCGACUGUAGUGAAAUAAGAGAUAUUGUACCGCUCAGUUUUUGUUCAUUGGAAAUGCUUUGAACUUUGUCAGUGUUUGAAGUUCCCCCUUCAUUUUGGAUACCCCUGUAGUUCUUGUGUAAAUAAAAUUGAAAAAGUGUGUACAGAUUAAUAUAUUGGUUUUUUUUUUCUUCAAAGAUUAUAUUUUGCUCUUGUAUUCAAUGCUGUACUUUUUUUAAGGUAAACAAUAAACAUCAAAUAUUGUACCAACAA